CCAGGCCCCGCCCCGGCCACGCGCUCCCUAGCCCUCCCGUCCCACUAGUCAACUCGGUGUGAGCGAGACUGUUUGACGCGUCGGCCGCGUUCUCCGCCGCCACGCCGCCCACGCCCACACCCACUACUUCGCUCCCUCGCCCGAGCCCAAAGUGUUGCGUGUUCCGUGUUGUUUAGUCAGGCGCCCCGGGUGUCGGGCCCCGAGGUGCGACGUGUGGUGCUGUGCCCGUGUCGCUGCGGUGCUGCUGUGUGCUGCACGCCGCUGCUCUUUGUGUCUCGCCGCAGCAUAACCUGGGCGAGGUGUGGUGCACCACAGCUGUGGUGGUGUGGUGCCUCCACAACAACUCACAGGCACCUGAGUUGACAGGGCCUCACGUGGGCAGAGCGAGGCUCACCUGGGCACCAGCUGGCUGACGAGGAUGCCCCUUGGAGCGAGUUUUGGCCGGUGGCCGCCCCGGCACGAGCGCAGGUGACUGGCGGCGUCGCCGAGUGUUGACAUGGGAGGUGCGUGGCUCCCCGCCCCCUAGUAGUCACCGCCGCCGUGCGUUAUGGUGACGUAGAGCAAGGCACUCAGGCCGUAGUGUUGUUAGUGUGUCGCCACCCCGACAUGCCGGGGCCGGAGUGAGCUGCCACCGCCUCCGCCAUGCACGUGCCCCCGGGGCUGCAGCCCUGCCCGUCCUGCUAUGCCUAUUGCGUGCCCCGCCCCCAGGGGCACCCUGGACCCCACGGCCACCCCAUAGGUGCUCCUCCCGUGCCACGCCACGCCCACCCGCCCGCCCUACAGCAGCAGCAGCAACACCAACAACUAAUUCACCAACAACAUCAGCAACAACAGCAGCAGCAGCAACAACAACAGCAGCUGGACAGCCCCGGCAGCAGCCCCCACCACAGCCCGCAUCGCACACAGCCGCGGCCCUGCACCCACCCGCCGCAGGCUCUCACGGACAACCGGUUCGGUUCCCUCCCCCACCCCCACCAGCUGCCCAAAGUACCUCCCCACUACAGCUACAACUCUCUACCACACCAACAACCCGGACCCCCGCCCCGCCCCCACCACGCCCCUCGCCCCCAACACACCAACAUGCCCACUGUGACGGCCCCGGCCCGCCCCUCACAGCAGCGUGCCCCGGACAACCACACGCACCCCAGGGGUCGUCCUCCUCUACACUUUGCUCCCCACCAGGCCCCUCCUCCUCCCCUCCUCCACACGCCCAUUCAAGACCCCAGCACCGGUGCCCCACCCCGGCCAGCACCCGCAGUCCCCCCCUACUGCAGCAAUGUCCAGAUCCGCCACCCACUCCACCCACAGCGCCCCCACCCCGGUCCACAGCACCCCACCCACACCCACACCCCAGCUCCCCCAACACCCCAACACCCUCACCCACACCCACAGUCACACUACCAACACCCCCACCCACACCCCAUCCUCACCCACACCCACAACCCCCACCAACACCCACCACCCCUACCUAAGCACCCCCCGCCACAGCAUCCCCCGCCACAGCCCCAGGGCAACGGGCUCCCCAUGCAAGUCAACGGACCCUCGGGGCCGCCUGGGGGUCACGGGGGAGGGGGCGUGAGUCCCCACACCAAUAACUACUACGGUCACCUGCCUCCACCACGCCCCCCGCCCAUGCCCCCGCCCAUGCCGCCCCCACAGACCUUCCAGCAGCUACGGUACGGGUGUCUGCCCCACCAGCAGCUCGUGCCCCCGCCCCCCCUUCCCCCACCACAGCAGCACCCUCUCCACCACCCACACCAGCACCACCACAUCUACGGCUGCCACCACCACCUCCUCGACAUCCCUGUCUGUUCCCCCGUGAAGAUCGACCGAGGCUACACGGGCAAGGGUCCUCCAGGGCGAGGCGUGGGUGGCAACAUUACCAAGUCCUACAGCUGCGAGGGAUCAGCGCCCCCUGUGCCGCCCCACCACCUGCCCCACAACCACCCCCACCACCACCACCACAACGGCACUCACAAUGUCCGCCGCUCUCAGCUGCAGCAGGCGGUGUCGCAGGGGAGCGGAGUGGGUUUGGGAGGCCGACGAGGCGCCCCCCGAGGCUCCACUGCGGAUGACACGGCUAAUCGUAACAGCAGGUGGCGAGGUAGCGGCGCCCCAGGGAACGUGGAAGGAUACGAACUGUCUCAAGACUUCGCUGACAUGAGGCUGGAGAUGCUGGAGCGCAGGUAUGGUGGUGUGGUAGCACGUCGGGCAGCCAUCACCAUCCAGAGAGCAUAUCGCCGCUACGCCAUGUAUAAGAAGUUCCGCUCCAUCACGGCCACUGCCAAGGCCCAGGAGAAGCGGCUGUCACGACGCUUUACAGUGGAUGUGCCGGAGUGGGGAGAUGGGCCCAGCAACCAGCAGUUCCACGAUGCCUGCACUGAGUUUGACCAACUGCAGCGCAACAUUAGUGCCGCUGGAUACACUGAAGGGAGACGGCCAGCUCGCUCCAUGUCGAUGCGAGACACACCACGUACCGUGCAGGCCACCACAGUCACCACCACCGCUGCCACCACCGCUACCACCGCACCUGCACGUCACCAGCAGGACAACUAUGACCUACACGACACCCUGGCAACGCUCAGUGACAGCUCCCUCUACUGCCAUGUGUCAGCUCUGUCACCCCUCACACCCACCUCCACUCCCACACCCGCCCACACCCACGUCAGGAAUGGGUCUGGGGAUUAUCAGGCUCACCAGAAUGACCGAGAACUCAAGUAUUUCUCCGAGGACAGCGGUCUGGGGAGCCAGGAGGGGGUAGGGGGCAACCGGCUGGGUGUCACGGGUCAGAGGCGAGCAAGCAGGACCGGCAAGAAGAUCCCGCCAGAGGUGCCCCGGCGGACGUCUUCCAUCAAGUCGUGCAGUGAGAGUAGUGGGAGUGCUGAGAGUGUUCCUGCAAGUCAUCGUGUGCAGUGCCACCCUCCUUCCCUCACCCCUCCUUCCUCCACUCCCUCUUCUCUCACCUCUGAAGGGGGACAUAGUGAUAGGGGACCUCUCACCAGGUCGGCUGACAAUGGCUCCCUGUCCAGCGUUCAGUCCUCAGGCUCAGACUCCUCCCUCUCCCAGUCCACCUCAGACCGGGCCACACCACUCUCCACCCAUGACCAGGCAGAGAAUGCAGACUACCAGCCCACCUCACCAGUGUGGAAGAGGAAAACUGCACAGAUGAGCACAAGCGAAGUCCCCUGCGAGGAUAAGAGGCUGAGCCAGAUCAGCGAAAACUCAGAAGAUUCCUUGCAGAGUCACUCCUCUGAGGGGAUGACCUAUUCCCAAACGCUCCCCUCACAGACCCCACACUCGGCGCACUACGCCCACCAUGCUCACUACACCCACACUGCCCACAUGUCCAAGGUCCCGGAGGUGGUCAGGAAGAGGCAGUACCGGGUCGGCCUCAACCUGUUCAACAAGAAACCAGAGAAAGGGGUGACGUACCUCAUCAGUCGAGGUUUUCUGGAGAACUCACCGCAGGCUGUGUCCAAAUUCCUCCUCACCAGGAAGGGGCUGAGCAAGCAGAUGAUUGGGGAGUACCUGGGCAACCUGCAAAACAACUUCAACAUGGCUGUGCUUGAGUGUUUUGCCCACGACAUUGACCUCUCGGGCAUGCAAGUGGAUGUGGCCUUAAGGAAAUUCCAGACACAUUAUCGUAUGCCUGGUGAGGCACAGAAGAUUGAGCGGCUGAUGCAGGUGUUUGCUCAGCGGUACUGCCAAUGCAACCGCGACAUUGUGGCCAAACUGAGGGAUCCCGAGACCAUGUUUGUGCUUGCCUUUGCCAUCAUCAUGCUGAACACGGACCUCCACACGGCCUCCAUGAAGCAGGAGAAGCGGAUGAAGCUAGAGGACUUCAUUAAGAACUUGAGAGGGAUUGAUGACGGGUAUGACAUCGAGCGUGAGAUGCUGGAGGGAAUGUACCAGCGCAUCAAGGCCCAGGAGUUCAGGCCAGGCCACGAUCACGUCACACAGGUGCUAAAGGUGCAACAGACAAUGGUAGGGAAGAAGCCUAACCUCGCCCUGCCUCACCGCCGCCUUGUGUGUUACUGCCGCCUCUAUGAGAUCCCAGACGUCACCAAGAAGGAGAGGGUUGGGGUGCACCAGAGGGAGGUCUUCCUCUUCAAUGACCUGCUGGUGGUGACGAAGAUCUUCUCUAAGAAAAAGAACACAGUCACCUACACCUUCAGGCAGAGCUUCCCCCUGGCUGGCUUGGCUGUCAUCACCAGAGAAGUGGCUCAUUACCCUUACCUGAUGGAACUUCGACACCGAGUGGACAACAAAGUGCUCAUCACCUUCAACGCGCGGAACGAGCAUGACCGCACCAAGUUCUGCGAGGACUUGAAGGAGAGCAUCUGUGAAAUGGACGAGAUGGAGUCCCUGCGAAUCGAGGCAGAGCUGGACAGACAGAAGGCGUCGCUGAGAGCUUCACGUCCCAACGCCACGCCAGAGCACAGAGACUCGGGCGUGGCGGACAUGGAGUUGCUUGCUGCCAAUGAGAAGAAUGGAACGCUGAAGGCCGACUCUACUCUGAAGAGGUCGGCACUCAGCAACUCCCUUCUGGACAUUCAUGAGGCUGAGGGCGGCGGUGGCAAUGGUGCCGGCACACUGGUGGGGCGAAGGGGCAGUAUGGGAUCCCUCGACUCUGGCAUGUCCGUGUCAUUCCAGUCCACUAGCCCCUCGGUCGCUACUUCCCCCGCCGGUCUUCUUCAGCCGCCACUCCUCCCCCACUCCACCCAGGCAGAGUUACAGGCCGCCAGAAGGUCCCCUAUCCCUACAGCCUCCUUCCUCGGGCAGCUGUUCAAGCCCCGAAGGACAUCGCGGGCUGAUCUUGGGGCGCCCGGUGUGGAGGUGUGAAGGGGAGCUGGUUCUCUGCCUUCCAGUAGGGAUGACUGUACCUGGGAAGAAGGAGAGGAAAGGGUAGUGAGAGCCAAGGCCUGGGAAUGGUCUGCUUGGGUACGGUUGGAUCUAGCAGAGUUCAACCCUCGACGGAAGAGGCUGCCAGAAGUGACGUAAGUUACAAGGUGAUUAAAUCAGCUGCAGGUGGCAGGGGUGAGUCCAGGACUCGGAGAGAAGGUGACGGCGGACUGUGAGGCCCAGGAGCGGAGGAACCAGGCAUCUGGCGGGGCAGAGUCAGGUUGUAUAUCUAGCCAUUAUCUAGUCUUUCAAGGUUACACAAGCAUUCCACGCAGCAGACCAGAGUGAAGAGGGAGGUGCCCUGACAUUGCUGCUCUGAGGGCUGCCUAGUGUACCACACACCACGACGGCAUUGGUACUUAGAUCAACACUAGUAAUGAUGAGAUGAGAGAAAACAAAUUAUUCAGUGCCAUUUAGUCAGAUGUAGUCACACAUAUAUAUUAAUUUGUAUCAUAUAUGUACAUAAGUCAUGUUAAAAUAAUCAGUGUAUAAUAUAUCUAAUACUGUGUUAAAUAUAUGCGUGUAUAACCCAGAGGUGAGACCCUCUCGUCUAAAGACGUUUUAGGCCUAGCGUGGCAGCGCCCGGCGCCGGUGGCAGCCUGCCGGUGCCGCGGCCGCCGCCACUAAUAAAGUUAUUUUAUUCAACUUGAAGUGUGCACAACAGUUGAUACAUUUAGUAAGGUGUGGCUUAGCCCACUCUAAGCCGCACACUUCCCCGUGGAAUGACAUCUAGUCAGCACACACACACACACACACACACACACACACACACACACACACACACACACACACACACACACACACACACCUUCAGUACCAUGUGUCAGACGCUUCUCGCCAAAUUACUGGACUGGCUUAAGUUUUGCGCAGUGUCCCAGAUUAUUGAUAUUAUCUAAUACAAACUCACAUACUUUUGUAUAUAUGGGAAAAUAUUGUUAUAAUUUUGUCAGCUUGAUUAUACAGGCUGUAUUUCUAUGGCAAAUAAAUAUUAUGAUGCAAGA